AUGAUUCACCCCUAUCUGAUGCGUCGGUUUGUGACGUCUGCCAACGACAAGUACUCAAUGGCGCUACUAGCCACAUGCGGUCACCAGUUUUCCAACUUCCCUUAUGCACGCUACGUUACGGAUGUUACUUUCCAAGAAACAAGUAUUCCGGCUGGCAGCUACAAUGAGAAGAUGUACUUCAGCGGGAAGCACUACAGUACCACUAUGGCCACAAAGUCGAACGUGUCGGACAAGGCCAUAUUUGACGACAACCUCGAGUUUCAUGCUUCGGCUCUGGUAAAGCAACCCCACGAGAACCGCAUCGCUUACUGUGGUGGUCCCAAUGCAAACCAGUGGGUCGUCAUGGCCGAAAAGGGAUACCAAGGUAUCCAGAACUCGGUGCGAGCGGUCUUGCCGAAGAAGUCAUCAGAAGGCAUCCUCACUCUUGACGACAACCGCACGAACGAUCGCAUCUCUAGCAAUCGUGUCAUUGUGGUGAACUACUUUGGCAGAAUGAAGACUCUGUGGUCCGUAUGCGGUGAGACUUAUCGUUGGUCCCGCCCCAACUACGACUUGCUGUUUCAAUCUUGCUUGGCGUUUACGAAUGCUAAUGUUCUACUGCACACGCUGCGAUCUGACGACGGUGAAAGAGAAGAAGAUAACCCCGCGCGCUUACAGGACAAGGCGGAAGUCUAG